AAACCCUUGCACAAGCACGAAGCCGCUUCUAUCGACCAAGAUUCCCCUUCAAAAAUUGAUUGAUACCUCGUCGUAAUCCAAUCUAAUAGCAAAGAGAAACAAAGUAAUGGAUUCUGCAACUUCACUUAUGUCUAGUUUCCGCCGAAUUCCUCCGGCUGCCAUUCCGGCGACGUUGGAUUGUAUCUUAGCUUCCACAACUUCUCCCCCAUCUUCCCUUUUCUUUCUGCUGCUUGAUGCCCUCCCAAUCCUCUCACAGGAAGUUACACAUGGUAGUGAAGAAAUCUUGGAUGAUGAGCAUCAAAAUUUUAUUGCUUCGUAUGUGGGUGCACUUUGUCACCUUUUGAAGAAACCAGGGUUUAAUGCUGAAGCUUUACAGAAUUUCAUCUGGAGUGUGUUAAUUCCAUUAAUGAGGUUGACACAGGGUUAUGAUUGUGAGAUAGUUGACAAGGCCAUAGCUUCUUUCUUGGAUGUUGUGAUGGAAACAAACGCCUGGGGGGUUGUAGAAGGAACCAUGGUUCCCUAUUUUAUCAAAGUGGUUGGUUUGACUAUGGGAAUGCUUCAAAAUGAACAAUUUGCUUUUUAUAAGUGGAAUGGACAAGCUCAGAGUCCUGAAGGUUCCACAUUGAUCAGUUUUGAGUCUUUUCCAUUGCUCAUGGCAUGCCAUAUAUUAGCAUCUAUUUUAGAUGCGUCUGUAAAAGGUAACCUGCUUUGGGAUAUUUGUAACGUGACUUUGCAAAUGCUUUCACACAGCCCGGAACAUCGGUCUUGUGCGAUCACUGUUUUCCUUCCACACCUUUUAAAGGCUCUUGUCUCUGAAAAUGUGUUUGAGAUCUCAGUUCAUGGGCAAAAGUUUCUAUUAUCCAGGAAGAUGUUUUUUGCUAAAAUUUGGAAAUGCUGCAAGAAUUUGUUUUCAAUGGGGCCUUCUGAGAGAGGAGAUGCAUACACUGUACUUUCUUUGUAUAUAUCUAAUUCCUCCAAGAGUGAUGGAUGCGAGGAUGAUUCCGUGAAUGGAGAUGGAACAUUUGACUUAAGGGCUGAGAAAGAGUUUUGGGAUGAGAUGAAGAAAGGCUUGGUCGACAAGGAAAGUAUAGUGAGGAAGCAAUCAUUACAUGUGCUGAAGAGUACAGUAACAAUCAGCCAGGGGAAGCAGCACACUAGUGUUUUAGAGUCAAUAUCCAAUGACACAACUUCAAACUCUCAUGGUUUGACAAAAAGGGAGCGGUGGGCAGACAAGGAAGCCAAAUCUCUGGGUAUAGAGAGCUUAUGCAAUUCAGUUGGUUCUGAUUCAAGCAGUCGGCUGAAAUGGGGUGCAUUUUUCCUACUGUAUGAAAUGCUUGAGGAGUAUGGUACUCAUCUUGUUGAGGCUGCAUGGAAUUACCAGAUGAACUUGUUGCUUCGCAUAGCCCAUCCUUCUGAUAAUUCUAUAAAGCCUGUUGGUGAAAGGCAUUAUCUUGAUCCAAUGGAAACAUUAGAAGAUAUGUUUGAUUGGUUAGCUGUAUUGUGGCAACGAGGCCUUUGCCAUGAUAAUCCUCAAGUAAGGUGCUUGAUCAUGCAGUCAGUUUUCGGGAUAGAAUGGAAGAACCAUGGAAAUUAUGCGAAAUUUGUGCCUAGAGAUUUUGUACUUGGUCCCUUCAUACAAGGGCUGAAUGAUCCUGUACACCACAAAGAAUUUGGACUAAAAGGAGCCUACUCUUCAAGGACAAUUGAUGGGGCUAGCACAUUUUUGCAGCAAUAUACCGUUUGCCUUAGUGAAAGGGAACAGAUGACACUGUUGAGCAAUCUAGCAUCUCUUGUAAAGAUAUACUCUUUUGGUCGAGCUGGGCUGAUGAGUUUUGCUGAAUGUGUUGCUGCUGCUGCGGCUGCUGGAGUUCGGACACAUAGCAAGAAUGAAGUGGAACAGUGUGAUGAAGCUUCCUCUGAGAUGAAAUCUGCCGUAGAUAGUACUUACAAUGAUAAAGCGACAUUGCUUGAUGUUUUCAGAUUUAUCAUUGAGAGCAGCAAACAACAUUUUAAUCCUAAUUAUCGUCUUAAAGUGUGUGGAAAGAUUCUGGAUGCUAGUGCUUCGGUAAUGUCCUCAUCAGAUGUGCUGCUCGAGCCCCUUCUGCACUUUAUUUCAUCUUUCCCUCCGGACUUCCUUAACUAUGGUGGUCCAUUAAGAGAAAAAGUGCAGGAAUGGCUUCGAGGUUAUGAAAAGCAAGCUUCUACAUCUUGCAUUAUUGAUACCAAACUCAUGAAAAAGCUUAAUGAAUUUCCCAGAAGCUUUAUAUAUCAUAAUCACUCAGGGAAUGAUAUUGUCAAUUAUGAUGAUGAAGACUUGGAAAUGUGGGAGCUUAAAGCGAAAAGAUGGGCAAGGGCACUGUUCCUUAUAGUCAAGGAGGAGCAUCAUCUGGAUUCUCUAUUGCAGUUUAUUCGAACACAUGGCAAUGAGCUCUGCAAGAAGAUUGGUUACUGGGAGUGGUUACCAGUAAAAUAUAUGAUUCUCAUCUUGGGUAUUGCUCAAGAACUCCACGAAAUGAAAAACAGAACAGUUGAUAGUCAUGCAAAAAGAAGAACCAAGGGUUUGCUUGAAGUAGUGGAUCAUGCAGAGUCUAUGGGUGGUUCCGUGAUUAUUAAGAAGUUCACUAGAUCCUUCACCUUCAUAUUGGAGGAGCUGGUGUCAUAUACCAAUCAGUCAUGUUCUGUUUUCUGGUCUGAGGAGGCUGGGGACACAACUCUGCCUUCAUCCAUUAAAGGGAGGCUAGGAGGGCUUAGUCAGCGACGAUUGUCAUCUUCUAACACAACGGCUGUAUUGCAAGCUAUAACGUCAGUCAAGACUCUUGCAUCUAUCUCUUCGUAUUGUUCACAAUUUCAAGAAGAAGAGUAUUUGAGUUCUACUUCUACUCUCGAUGUUCUCUGGCAACUCUCCUGGAAGAUUAUAUCUUGCACACCAUGUACCUCAGAGACUAAAGCAGAAAUCUACCUAGGAGCAUAUGAAGCAUUACAUCAUGUUCUGAAGUCACUAGUGUCUAUGCCUUCUCCUUCAGCUUUAGCUCUAUUAACGAGACCAUAUAACUUAUCAGCACCAGAAGCUGAAGUCAAACCUCAUAUGGAUUACUUUGUUCAGAUAUAUAUAGAGAACAUCAAUAAUCUCAUUGAGGCAGGAUAUUUGGCACGCGCACGGCGAGCAAUAUUAAUUGACUGGAAGUGGAUGUGCCUGGAAUCUCUACUGUUGAUACCAAAGUAUGCUCUUCAAAGAGGAGUUUACAUACAGAAUUGCGACGUUUUCUUCUCAGAUGCUGUGAUCAGAAGGAUAUUCAGUGAUUUAGUCGACAGCCUUGAAAAUGCUGGUGAAGGUUCUGUUUUGCCCAUGCUAAGAUCUGUCAGACUUGUGUUGGACUUUUUUGCUUUAGGACACAAAGGUUCAGCUGUUUCCUCAUGUGAUGGCAUUGAUGUCCAGAUGAUGUGGCAUUUGGUUCGUUGUUCUUGGCUAUUACAUGUCAGCUGUAACAAACGAAGGGUUGCACCUAUUGCAGCACUUUUAUCUUCCGUUUUGCAUGAUUCAGUCUUCAGUGAUAUGGACAUGCAUGAAUCUGAUGAUACCCCAGGGCCUUUGAAGUGGUUCGUUGAGAAAAUUCUAGAAGAAGGAACAAGAAGUCCACGUACUAUUCGUCUUGCAGCAUUACAUUUGUCAGGGCUAUGGCUCUCACAUCCCAGUGCAAUAAAGUACUACAUGAAGGAGUUGAAGCUGUUGACUCUUUAUGGUUCUGUUGCAUUCGAUGAGGAUUUUGAAGCUGAAGUGACUGAAAAUCAUGAUGCAAGGACUGAAGUAUCAAUCUUAUCAACAAGUCCUGAUCCGGAGUUAACUGAGGAAUUCAUCAACACGGAGCUUUAUGCAAGGGUGUCUGUUGCUGUUAUGUUCAACAAGCUAGCAGAUUUGGCUGAUAUGGUGGGCUCAAAAGAUGAAGCUGAAAGCAGUCACGCUUCCCUGCAAUCUGGCAAACUGUUUUUGCUUGAGCUCUUCCAUUCUGUGGUUAAUGACACUGACCUUGCAAAGGAGUUGUAUAAAAAGUACAGUGCGACUCAUAGGCGGAAAGUUCGUGCUUGGCAAAUGAUUUGUAUAUUAUCGCGAUUUGUUGAUCAAGAAAUAGUAUCUGAGGUUAUGUGUCACUUGCAUACAGCCCUUUAUAGAAACAACAUGCCUGCUGUUCGACAGUACUUGGAAACAUUUGCGAUCUAUGUAUAUUUAAAGUUCCCAUCACUGGUUGGUGAGCAAUUAGUCCCGAUGGUUCGUAAAUACGAUAUGAGAACUCAGGCUCUCUCAUCGUAUGUAUUUAUAGCAGCUAAUGUCAUUCUGCAUGCAACUAAAAAUGUUCAAUCAAGACAUUUGGAUGAAUUGCUUCCUCCCAUUGUUCCACUGCUGACCUCACAUCACCACAGUUUACGUGGUUUUACCCAGUUACUAGUAUACCAAGUUCUUUCCAAAUUGUUGCCUGCCCUUAAUUCAGGUUCCUAUGGAACAGUGUCCUUAGAGAAAAGGUGCUUUAUGGAAUUGAAAUCGUUUUUAGAAGAUAAUUCCGACUGUGCACGGUUGCGAGUAUCAAUGGAAGUUCAUCUUGAUGCUUUUGAUCCAUACAUAUCCGUAACACCAGCUGGAAUUUUCAGUAACCGAGUUGAUGACAUUGAGUUUGAAUGUGCUCAUGUGUCUCUCUUAGAACACGUGAUCGACUUUCUAAAUGAUGUCAGAAAAGACCUCAGAUGCUCAAUGGCCAAGGAUGCAACACAACUAAAAAAUGAGCAGAUACAUAUGCAAGAUUCUGAAUCAAUUGAUCAAAGCAAAGAGGAAACGACUAUGAAGAUGCAGAAAGAUAUGUCAUUAGAUUUCCAGAAAAAAGUUAUUGUCUCCAAACAUGAGAUGCAAGAUUCGCAUUCCAGCUCCUUAAACAGCAAAGACACUUACAAUUCACUUUUGGAUGUGGAGAAGGAAGACGAGCUUCUUGAUCAGACACUGAGAGCAAGAAGUAUUGCUAUGGAAAAACUUAAAGCAGGCCGACAACAAAUUAUUCUUGUAGCUUCACUAAUUGAUCGUGUGCCUAACCUUGCUGGAUUGGCAAGGACAUGUGAGGUCUUUAAAGCAGCAAGUUUAGUCGUUGACAAUGCAAAUAUUUUGCAAGACAAGCAGUUCCAACUUAUCAGUGUAACUGCAGAGAAAUGGGUUCCCAUAAUAGAGGUACCUGUAAGCAAUGUUAAGGGUUUCUUGGAGAAGAAGAAGCAUGAGGGGUAUUCUAUCAUGGGUUUAGAGCAAACUGCAAACAGUGUUGCUCUUGAUCAAUAUGUCUUUCCCAGAAAGACGGUUCUGGUUCUUGGUCGAGAAAAGGAGGGUAUUCCGGUAGAGUUGAUUCAUAUGCUGGAUGCUUGCAUCGAAAUCCCCCAGUUAGGCGUUGUAAGAUCGCUCAACGUCCAUGUCAGCGGUGCCAUCGCCCUCUGGGAGUAUACUCGGCAGCAAAGAUCAUCAUGAUACAACUGUUACUGAAAUUCGAUAAAAAAGAAACAGUUUUUGAUGCAAAGAAAUAGAUUAAUUGGUAUUGCCUGUCACAGAGCAUGAUGAUGGAAACACAUUCAUGGGCAAAUUAUUACAUCUUCUUUAUGAAGAUUACAGUUGUGGAUAGCCUGAAUUGAAAUUGUCACAUUAAUGAUGGAUCUACCUAUAUUUUUGUAUUGUUGCCAUCACUCUUGAGAGAAAUGUAUUUGUAUUCUUCUUCUUCUUGUCUUUGUUGAACUUGAACAUUUUUGGAGUUAAGGAAUUCCAUUGGAAGCAAGCCUGAUGCAUCUUCACCUUUUGCUCUUUUUGAUUGUGAAUUAUCUACCAAAGUAAAGAUCAUAUCUAAAUUACAAAACUAACCCCUUCAAGCAUUAUUGCAGGAAGAUGAAGAUGAAGAAAGAUCAAGUAAGAGAAGAUAUGAGCUGUGGCAGUUUUCACUUUCUGGUAAGCAAGCUGUUGGUUGAAAAGCUAGUUGUCGAAUAAUAGUUGAUAACUUAGAUGACAAUGUAAAUGACCUUAAAAGACAUGUUGGAAAAUUAGUCAAUUCUAACAUACGAGGGGCAUAAUUAGAAAGAAAAAAGAAGUGAAAAGACCCAGGAGCUUUUUGAAAAGCUGUAUGAAGUAGCUUUGCAAAAAAAACUAGUGUAUGAGCUAAUUUAUAGAUUAUGAAACGGGAUAUUUUUUUUCAAUGAACUUAAAAAUAAGCUAGCUUAUGAUUGUCAAGUAUAACUGUAGUAUGCUUUCUGUACAUAAACCUUUGAAGCUUGUUCAAAGAUUUGAUGGAUUUCACUGAUUUUGGUUUCUUUUUGAAAAUAAGUUUUGAUUGAUGAGUCACCUGAGCAGGAGGUUGUUGCUGAUCCCUUUUUGUGGAAGCUACUACUAAAGGCUUUGGUUGAUGGGAUUUUGCAAAAUCUCGAAGGCGGUUGGAGUAGCUAAGAAGCUCAGAUCUCCUAUUAUACCCUCCACCGUUCUUUGACCGGUCAAUCUGGAAGUGGUGGUGGUGGUGGUGGUGGUGGUGAUGGUGGUGAUGCUGGUGGUUCUCAUGCUGAUUAUUCUUAUUAGUUCUUGACGAUCCUCUCUUUGUUGGCUUCUCCACAUAAACUGCUACCAACACAGGCUUCUUCUUGAAGCAUGAUGCCUGCAAUUCCAGUUUAGACACUCAGAGAGAGAA